AUGGUCAUCAGCAUUAUCCCCGCAUUCUUACUCUCCUCGACAUUCCUCUCUUUGGUGUCGGCCUACUCAUUCACCAUAUCGACCCCGCGGCAGUGCCAGAAUCUCACUGUUUCGGUUACUGGAGAAGACGGAGAACCUCCUUACCGCCUCCUUCUCCUCCCCUUCGGCCCGUCGCCCCUUCCUGAUAAUGUCGAAGUUCGGCAGAUAGAAGAUAUUCCGUUCGGCGCUGGGGAGACAGUGUUGUCUUUCCCGUUGAGAUAUCCGGACCGUUCGCAGUUUGUUGUGGUAGUUAGCGAUGGUGCCGGCUUCGGAACGGGAGGAACGAGCGUGGUGACGGCUGUACUGCCCAACGAUGAUGGAGCCGGCGUGUGCUUCGACCCUUCAACCAACGUCUCUCCCUCAUUCGCAUUCUCCCUCAACCCACCAAACCAAAUCGUGCAGUGCACCCCUACCAGGCUAUGGUGGGACAACACGACCGUCCAGGGUAUUCCUUCCUUCCUGGGUGUGAUUCCAGGCGGCAGGUCCUUCGUUGUUCCGGAAGGACCCAUCACGGAUGUUCCCUCGCAAGGAACGGGAUUCUCGUGGACGCCGUCCGUACGCGCUGGCACGACCCUCGUUAUAGUCGGCGGCGACGAUCGAGGCGUUGGGUCGGGCGGAUCGUUGGUGACUAUCGUUUCGGCGGGAGUCAGGCCAAAUGAGGAUUGUCUCGACGAUGACAGUCCCAGUUCUACGCCUGGUAGCCCAGCAGGCCCGCCUACGAGUACCGGCAGUGCAUGA